GCGGUCAAGUCGUCGUCCUCUUCCCGUUUGCUCAUUUUCAUUUGCGUCCGCGCGCAGUCGAGCAGCUCAAACGAGAAGCCAGCGGCGAGUGGCAUUCGCGUUCUUCUUCUUCUUCUUCUUCUUCUUGUUCUUGUUCUUGUUCUUGUCGACCGUCAUGUCCCUCCUGAGCAGCGACCCCAACUACCAGCAGCUCGCGCAGUGGUACCGAGCCCAUGGCGGAAGCCUGAAGAUGAGGGACAUGUUCGCCGCCGAGCCGGAGCGCUUCCGUCACUUCAGUGUGAAGGUGGCGACGGAAGAUGGCGACCUUCUGCUGGACUACUCCAAGAACCUCAUCACCCAGGAAGUCAUGGCCAUGCUUAUUGCCAUGGCUGAGUCCCGAGGGGUGAAGCAGGCCCGCGAGAGCAUGUUCAAAGGAGACAAGAUCAACUUCACCGAGGGUCGCGCCGUUCUGCACGUGGCGUUGCGAAAUCGUUCCAACGUUCCUAUCCUGGUGGACGGCAAAGACGUCAUGCCCGAAGUCAACCGCGUGCUGGACAAGAUGAAAGUCUUCUCACAGAAAGUCCGCAGCGGUGAGUGGAAAGGCUUCACGGGCAAACGCAUCACAGACGUGGUCAACAUCGGCAUCGGAGGGUCCGACCUGGGACCCCUGAUGGUGACGGAGGCAUUGAAGAGUUACUCUGCGGGCGGUCCCAACGUCUGCUUCGUUUCCAACAUCGACGGGACGCAUCUGGCUAAAACUCUUGCUCAGCUGGACCCGGAGCGCACGCUCUUCAUCGUCGCCUCCAAGACGUUCACCACCCAGGAGACCAUCACCAACGCAGAGUCUGCCAGGGCCUGGUUCCUACGCGCCGCCAAUGACAAAGGUGCCGUUGCCAAACACUUUGUGGCUCUCUCCACCAACGCAGUGAAAGUCGAAGAAUUUGGAAUCGACACGGCCAACAUGUUUGAGUUCUGGGACUGGGUCGGAGGUCGUUACUCGCUGUGGUCCGCCAUUGGUCUUUCCAUCGCCCUGCACAUCGGCUUCGAUGGCUUCGAGCGACUUCUGAGCGGCGCUCACUGGAUGGACAAUCACUUUGCGAGCGCCCCGCUGGAUCGCAACCUUCCGGCGGUGCUGGCGCUGUUGGGCGUUUGGUACGUCAACUUCUUCCAGGCCGAGACGCACGCCAUGCUGCCCUACGACCAGUACAUGCACCGCUUCGCCGCCUACUUCCAGCAGGGGGACAUGGAGUCCAACGGGAAGUACAUCACCAAAGAAGGGAGCCGGGUCAACUACCACACCGGGCCCAUCGUGUGGGGAGAACCGGGAACCAACGGACAGCACGCCUUCUACCAGCUCAUUCACCAAGGCACCCGCAUGAUUCCGUGUGACUUCCUCAUCCCGGCUCAGACUCACAAUCCCAUCGGGAACAACCUGCAUCACAAGAUCCUGUGCGCUAACUUCCUGGCUCAGACGGAAGCGCUGAUGAAAGGCAAAACCCCGGCGGAGGCUCGCCAGGAGCUGGAGGCCGCCGGCUUGUCGGGGGAAGCGCUGGACAAACUUCUUCCUCACAAAGUGUUCGAGGGGAACAAGCCCAGCAACUCCAUCGUCUUCAAGAAGCAGACGCCCUUCACGCUGGGAGCGCUCAUCGCCAUGUACGAGCAUAAGAUCUUCGUCCAAGGCGUCAUCUGGGGCAUCAACAGCUUCGACCAGUGGGGUGUGGAGCUGGGCAAACAGCUGGCCAAGAAGAUCGAACCGGAGCUGCGAGACGGCGCCGAAGUUUCUUCUCACGACGCCUCCACCAACGGACUCAUCGACUUCCUCAAGAACAACUUUGCUUGACGUUCCCACGCGACAUUCCGCGAGCUCCCGUCGAGUGUUUCACGUGCACCGUUUCCUCUAGUCUGCUUGUCAAAAUAAAAGACCGCGACGCCG